UGUGUUUAUGUUGACAAAAAUGGCGGACAUUCCGAACUUGCACUACUAAACUGAUUUAAACUUGGAAACACAAGGUUUUCGGACAUACAUUUGGAUUGCAUUGUCACAGUAAAAAAUGGCGCCCCUUGAUUGGGGAAAAGUGGCAGCCGCGCAGGAAGGCGAUCUGAAGGAUGAUCAGGCUGAUUACUUCUAUGAUGCUUUGUCAAAGUAUGAACCAAAAGACGAGGAUGCAGGGAAGCUUAAGCAGCUGUUUGUUGUGGCCCGUGGGGUCAUGAACUCCCGAAACAAGCAGGUGGAGGAAAUGAUGGAUGAACUUGAAAAGGAGACCAAGCAAAACAAGAAGAAAGAGCAAGAAUUCAUUAAAGAAAGAAAAGAUCUUGAAAAGAAAAUACAAGAUUUAGAGAAAUAUGGAGGUGAGCCUUCAGGUGGUGGCACCCUGACGUCCAGAAAGUUCCGGGAUGAGAUGCAGGACCUCGACAAACAGAACGAGGAGCUCAAACAAGAAAUGAGGGAUCUCAAACAGGAGCUCUCCACUGAGAGGAGGACAGCAGAGAAAUACAGUGAGCGUAUCGCAGAAGUGGAGAAGCAGCUCAAGGAGCUCAGGGAGGAGAAUGACCAGCAGCGCCAGGACAUCACGGAGUACAAGCUGCAGCUGCAAUCCCAGAGGAAGUUGCCGGACUCGGCUGACACUGACAUGGUCACCAAGCUGAAGAAGAAGAACAAGGACCUGUCUGAGGCCAUGGAGGAACUUCAGAACCUGACAGAUGAGCGAGACAUACUGAACAAGCAAGUGGAGGACCUCAAUGGAAAGCUCCUCACAGCCAUCACAGAGAUGGAGAAAGUCACAGAGGAUUGCGCCAAGCUCAAGAUUGUUCUGCAGCAGAGCGACUCUGUACAGGAUAAGCUACGAGAGGACAAUGAGAUUCUGAGAUCAAAGGUGGCUGAUUUGACCGAGCAGUUGGCGUCCAAGACAGAUGCUGAUGAUGAAAUCAUGGUUGCUGUAAAUAACAAGAUAGAGGAAUGGAAACUUAUCCUGGAAGACAAAGACCAUACAAUACUGGAGCAGCAGGACCAGAUAUUCCGCUUGCGAGAGCAGGUGAUAGCCGCCAACAUGGACAGUGACAAAGCCUCUGUUGCGGCCCUCACCAAGGUCAUACGUGAGAAGGACAAGACGAUAGAGGAGCUGGCAGAGCAGAUACGCCAGUACGCUGACGACAUCGACAACAAUGCCGCAAUGCUGGAGGACCUGAAAGCCAUGGUGGAGAAAACUGGUAAGGGCCCGGCAGUGGAGAGGCAGCAGCUGGUGAUCAGAGAGCUGAAAGAGAAGGUGGAGCAUGAGCAGAACAAGAACAAGGAGUUUGAGAGAGAUGUCAGGCUGGCUGAGAAUGAUGCAAAGGCCAAGGACAAGGAGCUGACUGACGCUCUGGAGAGGAUGAGACAGUAUGAGGCUGGCGAAUAUGGGCUGACUGAGGCAGUACAAGAAAUCAAAGAUUGCAAGAAACAGAUCGGCAUUAGAGACAAGCAAAUCGAGGAAUUGACAAAGUACAUCAACAAGUCGGAGAUGGCGAUCAACGAUCUCUGUGAUGAGAAUGAGGACCUACGUGGUCGCCUGGGCCUUGACCCACGCAAACCCAUCGACCUGACACAGUUCCGCGCCGAUAAGGCCAAACGGUCGGAGGGAGACAAAGCUACAGUCAUCAUGCUACAGAAAGAGAUUGAAGACCUGGAAGAGGAGAGAAUUAAUCUGAAGCAGAAAAUCAGGAAAAUGGCUCAGCAUCUAGGUCACAGGGCUGUGGCGCUAGGCCUGACAGCUGAGGACAUGAUUGCAGUGCAGGAUUAUACAGAGACACUGAAGGAGAAGCGUAAACCUGAAUCUGCUGCCACCGUUAUCAAAAGGGAGGUGGCCAUGAAAGAAUCAGAGAUGAGGCGCAAUGAGUAUGAUCAAGAUUUGCGUGAGAAUUUCCGUGAGAUGGAUCGACUGUACAGUGAGAAUGCCCAGAUGAAGGCCAAAAUGGAGCAACUGGAGGAUGAGAACACAAACAUGGAACAGGGGCUCAAAGAGGUGCUGGAAGCAGUGAAGAAGUUAGGCCAGGCACGGGACGGAGAGACCCUUGAGAAGGGCCAGAGGGAGAUAGAGAGGGGUCAGAGGGAGAGCAUUGACAUACAGUUCCCCGCCGUAGAGAGGAUGCUUGCAGCUAUAGAAGCCAAGUCUGUGCUGGGUCGCCAUGACACAUCCCUGUUCAUGAAGGCCCAGAUGGACAACCUGCAGGGCCGCAAUGAUGAGCUGCGACUGGCGCUGCGCGAGAUACGACACGAGUCAAACAAGUCUGCACUUGAACUCGAGAAGGCCAUGGAGAAGGUUGGUCAAAUGGAGCAAGAGUUGCGGUCAGUGAAAGGGCCGGGUGGUGGAGGCCCAGGGUUCUUCAAGCCCAUGUCCCUGCCUGAGAACAUGGCCACCACAAGUGCAGAGGUGAUAGCCAGCCUGAAUGAGCACCUGGUCACUGUCCUGCAGGAGUUGCAUGUGAAGGACGAGGCCCUAUCAAAGACAGAGGUCAAACUAGAGGACUACAAACGCAAGUACGCCGUCGUGAGGCACCAACAAGGACUCCUCUACCAUGACUACCUCAAGGACAAGGAGGCUUGGGAAGCAGACGUGAAGAAGCUUCAAGAGGAGUUGCGGAACUUGGAAGGUGUUAGAGAAGAAGACAAAGUCAGAGUUGCAGAACUUGAUAGGCUGCUGGACACACUCAACCAGGAUGAUAAUGAAAUCAAGCGUCGCCUCUCCGACAUGGCGCGGCGUAUCACCGUGUACCGGGUCAACGAGAAGGCUCUCACGCGCAGGUUCCAGACCCUGGAGGAGGUUGAUGGGCACCAUCGCAAGGAAAUCAAUCGCCUGAAGAAUGAAAUGGUUGCUAUGGAACAGGCCGUGGUUGAGCGGAUGGGCUAUCUACAGAGAUACAAGGACAUGGCAGCAUUCAAGAUAGCAGGUCUCCAAAAGGCCAUGGAGGAAUCCGUGCCGAGCAGUGACCUUGACCUUGUCAACAAGAAGUACCACGAGGCCACAGAGAAAUACAGGGACCUGCUGGAGAAGGGAAAUAACCUUGUACUGAAAGCCGAGAUGUUAACUGGACUAGAAGUUGAAGUAAAACGUAUGACACUGGAGAAUGAGGAACUGAAGAAGACGAUGAAGAUGGACAAAGAGAGGCUACACACACUGGAGGCUGCACUCAAUGAGCUCCAUAGGAAAGGCGUGACGGACGGCACAGACAUCAAGGGUAUCACCGACGCUGACGUGAUCUCGGUCUCCAAGAAGAUCACGACCCUAGAGAUGAAGGAGCUCAACGAGCGACAAAGGGCCGAACACGCCGUGAACAUGUAUGAACACCAGAAGUCACUGCUGGGCAACAUGGAGGCCAGGAACAAGGAGCUGGAGGAUAAAUUUUCAGAUAUAACGAGGUCAAACUUGGACCUGCAGAAAAUUGAGAGGGACCUUAGAGAUGAGUUGUCAAACUCAGUAACAAAGGCAGUUAGUGAUCUUGACAGAAAAAAGAUUGGGUCGUGUGAACAGCAAAUACUGAAUCUUCAGCAUGAGAACUCAAAACUUAAGGAGGUGACGGACGUUGCAAGCUCACAGGUGAAGGCGCUGGAGAUGCAGCACAUCUCGAAGGAGAAGGAGGUGAAGUCGCUACGGCAACAGCUCCUGGACUUCCAGGUGCAGAGUGACGAGAAGACCAUUAUUGGCAAACUUCAUCGGCACAUCGUACAGCUGCAAGUGAGUGAAGGGACGGCCAUCAGGAAGUUGGAGGAGUCGAGGAAGAAAGUGAGCAAGCUGGAGGCCAUGGUGCUGCGUCUGGAACAGAAGAUAGAUGACAAGGAGAACACGCUGUUCCACAAACAGAAGGAGGCGCAGAACAAAGUGCAGUACCUCAAGAGAAAUCUAUACGACCUACGUCUGCAGUUUGCGGGUGCUGUGCCUCUGUCCAAGCAAGAGAAGUUCUCCAAGAACCUUAUGCAGAUGCAGAAGGACAAGGCCCAGUUGGAGGACGAGCUUAGACAGACUCGUAAGACCAAGGAGGAGAUGGAGGACCGGCUGGCGGCGCUAGAGAUGCAACACAAGGGUCUCCAGGAGCUCAUUGGUACGCUCAAGGAUGCGCGCGGCGCAGCCAAGGUCAAGGAGUGGCACGGCAAGAUGGACACCCUGCGCCUGGAGGAGCUCAAACAUCGCAGACACAUCACCAAACUACAGCAGCAGAUAACGUACCUGGAGGGUAUGAUCCGCACCCAGGAGGGCUCUGUGGCCGAGUUUGAGGCUGAGAACGUGAAGCUCACCCAGGAAUUCGAGGAGCGCCAGUUGCGCUGGGAGCAUCGUGAAGUGGAACUUGAGCGGCAGAUUGCCACCCUAGAGAACCAGUCGGCCCAGAUUGCAGGGGCAGCUGCCAAGUUUGAGGAGGCGGUAGGGUCUCUACCUGACUCUAAGCUGCCAGUGGCCAACCAGUUGGAACAGGCUAUCUCCACCAUCAAGUCCAACGUGCGCGUCAUACUGGACACCCAGGCUGAGUCCAAGAAACUCAAACAGAGAAACACCGAUCUAGAGAAACACAACCGGGAAUUGGAAAAGGCAGUAAUUGAACGUGACCGAGUAAUUGCGGACCUCAGACUGCGUAUGCCCGCCACCGCAGAGCGCGAUGAGAUAAUCUUGCGUGCACAGUCCAAGGCCAAUACAGCGUCUGAGAUAAAUAAGGCCGCCCACGAUCGCAACUUUGAGAGUGAGCAGUCGAUGAAAGUGGCCCAGUCCACCAUGGCAAGUCUUCAGGCGCGAAUCCAGCAGAAGGAGGAGACGAUCGUAAAGUACCAGGACCUUCUGCGCCAGGCGCGGGAGGACAUGCACGACAUGAACCGGCGCCACGAAGGGGAGCUGCGCGCCAUGCAGCAGAAGAUCCACAUGAACACGGACGCCGCCUUCAGCAAGUUCAAGGAGGCGGCCCAGCAGAUCAUGUCUCAGAAACUGGCCCAUCCCAUCUCUAACAAGCAGAUUGCUCGACUCAAUGAGUUAGAAGACCAAGUGGUGGAACAAGAGAACGCUCUGGCUGCUAUGGGAGAGAAGCUGCGAGCCAAGGAUGAGGACAUCAUAGCACUGCGUACACGGCUACAGGAACAGGGGCUGCAGUAUGCGGGCGAGAAAAAGACGGAGGUGGGUCGCCUGCGGGAGGAACUCGACAAGAAGUCCCAGGAGAUUGCAGAGACGAGACGCAAGGUGGAGGACCAGGCUAAGGAACUGGGCUUGCUGAACGAGGAACUGCAGGCCGCCAAGGAGGCAAACUCGCGGGCACCCACAACCACCAUGAAAAACAUGGUGGAGCGACUGAAGAACCAGCUAGCCCUAAAGGAGAAACAGCACCAGUCGCUAAGCAAGGCCCUGACAGAACUACGUGCAGACAUGGUGACCCAGGCGCAGGCUCAGGUUCGAGCCCACAAUGUGGAUGGAGAACAGGAGAUCAAUGUGCAGAAGAUUGUAGACAAACACACCAAGGAGCUUGGGGAGCAAAUAGAGGACCUGCAGAACACAGUGGAGAAACAGAAGACUGAAUUGAAGAAGAGGAAAGACAAGGAGACCAGUCUGCAGGCAGAGCUAGAGGAAUACAGGGAUGAGACAGGUGACAAGGACAAGACCAUCACAAAGCUCAAGGGAGACAAGCAGCGUCUGGAGGCGGAGGUUGAAGAGCUGGAGAAGAAGGUGGAGAGGAUGAGCACCAUGAAAACUCAGAAAACUGGUGAAGAGAAUACGAAGAAAGAGAUGGAUGAUCUCCGUCGACAGGUUCGCUUGCUUGAAGGGGAGCUGAAACGUAAGGGCCAGGCCCCAGAGAAACCCUACGAGCUAAAGAAGGUUGAGUCCCCUAGAGACCCACCACCAAAAGGAAGUGGUGGCAGUGAAGAGCUGAUCAAGUGGGAGGAGUCCAAGAAGUGGCAGAAGACUGUGGAGAAGAUGAGAGGCAAGAUCAAGGAGCGAGACGGUGAGCUGGACCGCCUGCAGAAGUCAAACAAGAUGCUCAAAGAGAUGGUUGAGAGACUGACGAAGGAAAAGGAGACAUUGGAGCGCAAGAAUGUGGGUCAAGGUACAAAGGUUGUGGCUCCUGCCCCUCCCCUGACCUCCCAGCCCUACAAACCUGACCACCAGGUGGAGGCACUAAAGCACCAAACCUACCAGCUCCAGGAGGAGAACACGAAUCUGCGUCGUGAGUUGCUACGUGUGCGCGAAGGUCAGCUGACAGAGGAGAGGCUUCACAGCCUGGAGGCGGGGCGGGCCGAGGUCACAGAGGUCAUUACUGCACAGAAAUCCCAGUCCACCACAGCAGCUGCCCCAAGGGAAGGGUCCACAAUGGGGGAGAGUCCCAAUUCCAAACUGCAGGAGCUACAGAAGCAGAUGUUGAAGCUGUCAGAGGAGAACAUUGAGCUGAAGUUUGAGGCAGAGCAAGCCAAGAAGGAUAUACCCAGACUCAAGGACCGCAUCACUGACCUACAGAGAUACGUGGAGGCUCUCAAGUCAGAGAACAGUCAGCUGCUGGCAGGGGACGGCACCAACAGGUCCAUGGACUCAUCUGGCUCCUCUAUACGCAGGAUUGGAGAGAGCGGUAAGAGCAGCCGUCAGCUGGAGAAGACCAUAGCACUCCUGAAGAAGGUUGUGGAGCGUGUGCAGUCCGAGAACGAGCAGCUCAAGAAGGCGCCUGGCGUUGUCAGCAACGAGAGACUGCAGAACCUACAGCUGGAGAAUGAGGGACUCAAGUCCCAACUCGAGGAGUUACGACAGCGUGUUGGGGCGACACUGAGUGAGCGCUACACCAGUCAGCAGAAGGGCACGGCCAAAAUGAUGAGUGACUAUGAGAAAAUGAGGAAAGACCUCAUGAGGGAAAUGGACACCAACGAGAAGCUGCGUGCCCAGAUCACGUCCCUGGAGAUAAAGGUGGAGCAGCAGAAGACGAGGCUCACCGAGUCCAAGACGAGGCUGCAGAUAGAGGAAGGGAGGGCGGAGGAAGGGACGGCGGGCGAGGGGAAAGGGUGGAAGUCAGCAGUGGUCACACGCAUGUAUGAGGAUAGGGUGAAGUCACUGGAGGCAGACCUGGAGAAAAAGACCAGCCUGUUGUCCGACUCUAAGACCAUGCUAAAGGAGGCAGCGGUGCGUGAACAGAGACUCAUGGCAGAGAAGGAACAACUGCUCAAGAAGGUGGCCGUGCUGGAGAAGAUACCUAGUGGGUCUGGUGUGACGGACGCACAGCUGGCGCGAGACUACCAGCAGGCCAAAUUGACUAUAGACCGACUUGAGAAUGAGAAGAAGGAGAUAGCCUAUGAGCUCAAUAUGGCCCGCAGACAGGCUGGCACCGCACAUUUAGGGGAGGACAUCAUGUCCAAGGCGAGCAACUACGACAAGGCGAUGUCGGAGAACAUAGAGCUGGGGCUGCAGCUGAAGACAACCAUGUUGGAGCGGGACAAACUCAAACUGGAAGUUGACAGGCUGAGGAAGGAGCUGGGAAACUUCGGGCCAGACUUCUUUGAUGAAAUUGAAGACCUGAAGUUCAACUACAAACAGUCGGUAGAGAAAAACUUACAAUACGAGGACAAGUUGAAGCAGAUCAGCUCUCAGUUUGGAAUAACUAUACCCGGGAUCAGAUAAAUAAAUAACUGCAGAGUUUAGAUUUGAGCUGUGUUGUGGGAAAACUGGACUUAAUGCAGUUACGUAGUGUCAUCUGAGAGUAGCCUGUGCAGUACGCACAGGCUUAUACCAGACAACACCUUCCACUUUACGGUAUUUUCUGUAUAUAGGAAACCUGCAAAAAUCUAAUUAAGCGAAAAAAGUGGCCCCUGAUUAGCCUGUGCCAAAUGCACUUGCUUAUCUGCGAUGACACUUUAAGCACAUGUAUUAAGCUUAGUCUUCCCAGAACGGGGCUCAAUUUAUAAAAUUUAUAGGAAAUGAGGGUUUUUCCUGUCACUCACAAAAGCAUUGUUGAAGUGUAUUUAUGAUAACACUUUUAUGGACGAGUCCAUGUGAUCAGAAUUUAUUUAUAUGCUGUGAAUAGUCUAUUGUUUAAAAUAUGAGAAAAGCCUUUGUUUAAAAUAUGAGUAAUGCCUUGCUUAUCAUUUCUCAACAUUUAACAUGCUUUCUGGUAGCUUACAUUAGAUUCCUGACAUAAUGCAGUUUAGAUCGUAUAUCUUCUUGUAGAUGAACUGACAUUUCAUUCACUUUUUCAUGCAAAUGUCAGAAAAACAUUCCAUGAUUUUAUAUGUUUCUGUUCUCUUUAUACCUCAGUGCCGAUUCAGUUAAGUGUCUUUACAACUUCUCCUGAGGACUGUAUAAUGAUUUAUAAGUUUGCAUUUUGGUGAACGCUAUUUUGUAUGCGUUUAUUCUGUUGAUUUCUUACUUCAGGUAUUUAUAGUACUGUUUGUAUUAAUCUUUGUUUGCAAUCAUUUGAAGGGUGUUAUGAUCAUGUAUUUUAGUAUGUUUCUUUAUUUGAAUGCACAGUAUUUAUAAUAACUUGAACAUUAGUUUUCUUUACCUUGUAGAAACUGCCAAUUUCAAUAAGUCAUAUAGUUUUUAAUUGUUAAAUGGCUGAAGUGUGCAUGUGUGUAGCAUUCAAUAUAAACACUCCCAAUACAUAAUUGUUAUUACAAGUAGUGGAAUGUGAACUGAACAAAUAAUUUUCAUUUCAAUCAUGGCAAGAUGGGUCAAAAUGUGCUCUGGAAUGAUGUACAGGUAUUGAUUGUGCUUUGCCAUAGGUAGAAAUCUCGAACUACUGUGAUAUUGUUUGACCGUCCUUUACAUAAAUGUAGUUAGUACAUUUUAGUGUUUACAUAUAUGUAUAUAAGAGCUAUUUAUUUUAUGAUAAAGUAACAAUAAAUAGACAUAGCAGUAA